GAAGCUAACAAUGAGCUUGAGUUUUUCCGCUGCUGAGUUGGUAGCGAGUAAGCAACUCUUCCCUUUUUAAAAAUUCCUUCGCUUUUCCAAGCAGCGUUAGUAACGAAGCUGCUCUUCGGCGCGCGAGAAAGAUAGUAACGCUUCAGAUCUUCUUCAUCAGGGUAAAAUGCAAGCUUCAACCGUCGCAGCUGCGAAGGGAAGUGUAGGUUCGGAGCUUCGGAACCGUCGAAUCUCGUCCAGUUUCAGCGGGUUCCGGAAUACUAUUCCAGGUCUGAGUAACCUGCGUAUGGUAAACAGCAGCUCUUGCGGCCAAUCCGAUCUCCGUGCGAAGAGUAUGGGAGCAGGGCUUACUUGCUGCAGAAUGGGAGUAGAUAUCAUGUUCAGGUCGAAGGCAAAGGCGAGAUUUGUCAGAGCUCAAGCUUCUGACGGAGACGUUGAGGAUGUUGCAUCUGACAAGCUCCAAACUAAAUCUUCUGGAACAGUUUUGCCAUAUGUUGGUGUUGCUUGUUUGGGUGCAAUUUUGUUUGGAUAUCAUCUAGGUGUGGUGAAUGGGGCUCUGGAAUACCUUUCUAAGGAUCUUGGGAUUGUUGAGAACACUGUGCUACAAGGUUGGGUUGUUAGCACAACCCUUGCAGGUGCCACUGUUGGUUCAUUCACUGGGGGAGCGUUAGCUGAUAAAUUCGGUAGAACAAGGACUUUUCAACUAGAUGCAAUCCCACUUGCAAGUGGAGCAUUUCUCUGUGCUACGGCCCAGAGUGUACAAACGAUGAUAAUUGGUCGUUUACUUGCCGGGAUUGGGAUAGGCAUCUCGUCUGCCAUUGUGCCACUUUACAUAUCUGAGAUAUCACCCACCGAGAUUCGAGGUGCACUUGGAUCAGUCAACCAACUUUUCAUUUGCAUAGGAAUUCUUGCAGCUUUGGUGGCCGGAUUGCCUUUAGCCGGAAAUCCACUAUGGUGGAGGACAAUGUUUGGUAUUGCAGUUGUACCCUCUGUCCUAAUGGCAUUGGGGAUGGCUAUUUCUCCAGAAAGUCCUCGGUGGCUUUUUCAGCAAGGGAAAUAUUCUCAAGCAGAAACCACUAUAAAGACACUCUUUGGAAAAGAAAAGGUUGCUGAGGUUAUGAAUGAUUUAAGAGCCGGGGGUCAGGGUUCAUCAGAACAAGAUGCCGGUUGGUUUGAUCUUUUCAGUAAACGCUAUUGGAAAGUUGUAAGCGUGGGGGCAGCACUGUUCUUGUUUCAACAGCUAGCUGGAAUAAAUGCUGUGGUAUACUAUUCGACUGCUGUGUUCCGCAGCGCUGGAAUUGCUUCUGAUGUUGCAGCGAGUGCUCUUGUUGGUGCAUCAAAUGUCUUUGGCACAGCCAUUGCAUCUUCUUUGAUGGACAGGCAAGGAAGAAAAAGUCUUCUAAUCAUCAGCUUCACUGGAAUGGCUCUUUCAAUGCUGCUCCUUUCCCUGUCCUUCACUUGGAGUGUCCUGGCACCAUAUUCUGGUACCCUUGCUGUUCUUGGCACGGUCCUCUAUGUGUUGUCCUUCUCACUCGGUGCGGGACCUGUGCCAGCUCUUCUACUUCCAGAGAUAUUCGCCUCCAAAAUCAGAGCCAAGGCAGUUGCCUUGUCCCUGGGCAUGCACUGGGUUUCCAACUUUGUUAUUGGCCUGUACUUCCUGAGUGUUGUUAACAAGUUCGGGAUCAGCACUGUCUACUUGGGAUUCGCUACUGUCUGCCUACUUGCAGUUUUGUACAUAGCCGCCAAUGUCGUGGAGACAAAGGGCCGGUCCUUAGAGGAAAUCGAGCGUGAUCUUAAUCCGGCAGUUUGAUCAAUAGAGAGAAAGAGAGUGAGCAUCUGUAGGGAUAGUGAUUUUGUGAAGGGAAGUUGAUUUCCCUUCCUAGGUGAGAAAGCUCAAAAGAACUUUAGAUUAGACUUGGAAUUGGCUGCUUCAAUCUGUAGAUUUGUUGAGAUUGGCUUGUGUUUGAAUAAUCCAAUGCUAACAGGCUAUUGACGCUGUGAUAUAUCCGCUCGGCCACGGUGAUGGAUUUCAGAUCC